AUACAUAACCUUAAAUCUAAUAUACUAGCAAUAUACAAACAAUUAAUUGGUGCAUAUUUUUGUAACUAUUCCAAUUUUUAACAUUAGUAUUGAAAUAAAAAGAUUGAUUGUUUUUUGUGAAGAAAUCUUCUGCUGCUAAUAACUUUGGCGAUAUGGAUUCGCCGCUGCCAUUAACAUGUUUUCCAGACCCAGAUCAAUACAACACAAAAAUAGUCAAAAACUACAUUGAAAAGUAUAUCAAAUCAACAGUACCAAAGGGGGACUUGAAAAACCUAGAUAAAGAUUUUAAGUAUUCUUUUGUCUUGGAUAGGUUUUCACAUGUCAAUACAAUUAAACGUCCAAAAAUCAAAAAAAACUUUCUCACAAGGAAACAGAGAAAAACUCUAAAUUUACUCAAAUUACCAAAAAAUGGGUGGAAUUAUGAUUCUUUAGCACCUAUACAUGAAAUGUGGAAACAGUAUUUGAGACAAAAUUUAGAUUUGGCUAAGAAGGCCCCUACUUGUCAAGAUCAAGAUUGGACUAAUUUCUCUACCAUCAUUGCUAAAUCUGAACUCAUUGGUGCUAAAAUAACUAUUGUCAGAUCAAAGGUACCUUCUCUAAUUGGAAUGCAAGGAAUAUUAGUGUUAGAAACUAAAAUGACCUUUCAAAUGGUAACUCCAGCUUCUGAAAUAAAAAUAAUCCUCAAAGAAACUUCUGUUUUUGAAUUCCUGUUAGACAGCAUGAAAUUCACGAUAUUUGGAAAACAUCUGAUAACAAGAGCAAGUGAAAGGAGUGUAAAAAAAAUUAAAGGACAUAUGAUUCCAAAUCUCUAAUUGACAGUUCGAUCCUAAUAGAAGAAAGUGAAUUUUUAAUAGGAAGAAGUCCAAUGAUAGCCGAAAAUCAUUAUUUUGUUUUUCUUGAAGAAGUAUUUUUAUAGUUUCAAAAUGGAACUCGACGGUAAUGGUUUUGGAUUCCAUUUGUCAAUUUAAUAUUUAUAAAAACAUUUAAGCGGACCUUCAUUUUUUAAAUUACGUGAUACUAACUUAAGUACACGUUAACAUUUUGCAUAUUUGUUAAGUGCUAUUUGAUGCUGCAUAAAUGCACACUAACACCAGUAGAUUUGUUCUCUUGUAAGAAUAUUUCGAAUUUGUUCAAGGAAGUCAAGAAUACUGCACUGUGUUCUCAAUUUAUUGUAUAUAGAUUAGGAAUUAAAACAUAUUGUAUAUUUUUGUUUAUAAACGAAUAGAACAUG